AUGAGUUCUUGUGCAGCCGCGGCCCGGGCUCAGUUGUCUCAGCGAGCGCGAGCCGGGAGCCGGGGCGGGCGCGGGCAGCGGCGGGCGGCCGGGCUGUGCAGGACGAGCGGCGGCAGCGGCGGCGGCGGCGGCGGCGGCGGCGCGGGCGGCAGGGGCUCCUCGGCCGGGCCGGCAGCGGGGCGCCGGCGGGAGCCAGCAGUGUCUGCAGCCGCGCCGGCCGCCCGCGCCCCGGCGCGCUCGGGUUCGGCCAUGGAGCUGCCAGCUGUUGGCGAGCACGUCUUCGCGGUGGAGAGCAUCGAGAAGAAGCGGAUCCGCAAGGGCAGAGUGGAGUAUCUGGUGAAAUGGAGAGGCUGGUCCCCCAAAUAUAACACGUGGGAACCCGAGGAGAACAUCCUGGAUCCCCGGCUGCUGAUCGCCUUCCAGAACAGGGAACGGCAGGAGCAGCUGAUGGGAUACCGGAAGAGAGGGCCGAAGCCCAAACCACUGGUGGUACAGGUACCUACUUUUGCCCGUCGUUCCAAUGUGCUGACCGGACUCCAGGACUCCUCGGCUGACAACCGCGCCAAACUGGAGCUGGGCGGUCAGGGCAAGGGCCAGGGGCACCAAUACGAGCUCAACAGCAAGAAGCACCACCAGUACCAGCCGCACAGCAAGGAGCGGGCGGGCAAGCCUCCACCACCAGGCAAGAGCGGUAAAUACUACUACCAGCUCAACAGCAAAAAGCACCACCCCUACCAGCCGGACCCCAAAAUGUAUGACCUGCAGUACCAGGGCGGCCACAAGGAGGCGCCCAGCCCCACCUGCCCGGACCUAGGCUCCAAGAGCCACCCGCCCGAUAAGUGGCCCCACGGCGGGGGGGCCAAGGGCUACCUGGGAGCCGUGAAGCCCCUGGCCGGUACGGCCGGGGCUCCAGGCAAGGGCUCCGAGAAGGGUCCCCCCAACGGGAUGACGCCGGCCCCCAAGGAGGCAGUGACGGGCAACGGGAUUGGGGGAAAGAUGAAGAUCGUCAAGAACAAGAACAAGAACGGCCGCAUCGUGAUCGUGAUGAGCAAGUACAUGGAGAACGGCAUGCAGGCGGUGAAGAUCAAGUCCGGGGAGGCAGCCGAGGGCGAGGCGCGCUCCCCCAGCCACAAGAAACGGGCUGCUGAGGAGCGUCACCCCCCAGCAGACAGGACUUUCAAAAAGGCCGCGGGGGCGGAGGAGAAGAAGGCGGAAACGCCCUCCAAGAGGAGGGAGGAGGAGGCGCCGGGGACCGGGGACCCGCAGUCCCAAGAGGCUGGCUCCCGCAAGCUCUCCCCGACCAAGGAGGCCUUCGGCGAGCAGCCUCUGCAACUCACUACCAAGCCCGACCUGCUGGCCUGGGACCCGGCCCGCAGCACACACCCGCCCUCCCACCAUCACCACCACCACCACCACCACCACCAUCACCACGCCGUCGACCUAAAUCUCUCCCAUGCGCGCAAGCGCUGCCUCUCCGAGACCCACGGCGAGCGAGAGCCCUGCAAGAAGCGUCUGACGGCGCGCAGCAUCAGCACGCCCACCUGCCUGGGGGGCAGCCCCGCCGCGGAGCGCCCUGCGGACGUGCCCCCCGCUGCCGCCCUCCCGCAACCGGAGGUCAUCCUGCUGGACUCGGACCUAGACGAACCCAUAGACUUGCGCUGCGUCAAGACGCGCAGCGAGGCCGGGGAGCCGCCCAGCGCCCUGCAGGUGAAGCCCGAGGCGCCCGCGACCGCGGCAGUGGCUGCUGCGCCGGCAACAGCGGCCGAGAAGCCCCCGACCGAGGCCCACGAAGAACCCGAGGAGCCACUGAGCGAGUUCAAGCCCUUCUUUGGGAAUAUAAUUAUCACUGACGUCACCGCGAACUGCCUCACUGUCACGUUCAAGGAGUACGUGACGGUGUAGCCGAAGGGCGUCGGAAGAGGAAGCGCUUCACGCUCUGGGACUUAACACCUGGGGCCUGGGGGCGGACUUCUCCUCUGCAACUGCGGGAGCUCCCGGCCCGGCCCCAGCGCGAAAACGGCCGAAGCCGCGGCAACCGCGUCCCUCUGCCGGGUCUUGGCUGGAGCGCCCGGCCCACACUGGCACCUUCCACGCCGUGCCUGCGGGUCUCGCCCUCAUCUGCCGCACCCCCUCCUCUCGUGGACCUCCGGG